UCUGGCCGGCACCGUCAUCUCACUGUGCCUUUAUUGCCGUUGUGGUCUUUUUCAUUUAUGGUAUAAGAUUCGCCCUCGCCCCACGCGAUUCAAAGCAUCAAGAUAUGGACAGAGGGAAACACUUCGUUCUAGUUCAUGGAGCUGGCCAUGGAGCUUGGUGCUGGUACAAGCUUGUCCCACUGCUCAAAUCCUUUGGUCACAGCGUCACCGCGCUGGACUUGGGCUCUUCUGGGGUCAACCCCAAGAGCCUAGACGAGCUUGCUUCUGCAUACGAUUAUGUGCAACCGCUGAUGGAGUUCGUGGCCUCCCUUCCUCAAGAUGAGAAGGUGGUUUUGGUGGGUCAUAGCUAUGGCGGCCUCCCUAUUUCUCUGGCUAUGGAGAGCUUCCCUCAGAAGAUCCUAGUUGCGGUCUUCGUAUCAGCUUAUAUGCCAAAUUAUAUAUCCCCACCUAUAACUCAAGCACAAGAAUUCCUCAUCAAUAGAAUCAAGCCAGAGUCGUUAUUGGAUUCCCAGCUUUCGUUUGGUCUAGGACUGGAAAGCCUUCCAACAGCAGUGACGUUUGGUCCAGAUUACGUAUCAGUGGCACUUUAUCAACACUGCCAACCGGAGGAUCUGGAACUGGCCAAAAGUUUGGUAAGGCCUCAUGGGUUGUUCCUGGAAGACUUGGCCAAGGAAUCUUUACUAAGCAAAGAGAAAUUUGGAUCCGUAGAUCGGGUGUAUGUGGUGUUGGAAAAAGAUGAAGUAAUGAAGGAGGAUUUCCAGCGAUGGGUGAUUGACGACAGCCCACCAAAAGAAGUGAAGUUCAUUGCCGGAGCUGACCAUAUGGUGAUGAUGUCGAGGCCCAAAGAACUCUGUCUCUGUUUCCAAGAGAUAGUUCAGCAGUAUAAUUGAAAUUGCAGGCCUCCUUCAAUAAACAACAAUAAUUGUAAACUGAAAUAUAUAAGAAGAGUACGUUUAUAUACUGGAUCCCUGCAAUCCCAUAGUAGGUUAAAUUUAGUGAAUUAAUUGUCUCAGAGCUGGGUUUGCUUUUCUCUCGAUGAA